AUGCCUCCUCCAACAACAUCAGCAACAACAACCUCAGCAACGAUCGUCGGGAACGACAACAAGCAACCAUCGACUGCGACUGGAGGGACAUCCUCUUCGGAGGGAACAACCAAUGCCCAAAUGAUGAUCAAUCCUACAUCGCCUGCAUUUGAGGGUCAUUAUGUCUUGCAACAAUUGAAAAAGAGACCUGAGAUGGAAGCUUUUUAUCGGAAGUAUGAGAGUACUCUGAAUGCUCUCAUCUCCUCCUACACGAAUGUGGAGCGUCUUUCGAAAAAAUGUGAGCAACUCAACCAAGACAUUCUCAUCAUGGCCACCAAAGUAAAAACUGCACAAAAAUUGGUUGCCGAAGAUCAACAGCAAAUGUCACUCAUCAAAAAAGAAAUUGAAAAACAAUGGAGUAUUUAUGACGCUGCAAAGCAAAAAGACAAGGAGACGCAGACUAGGCUUGAUGAGCUUCAAGAGAAAUGUAAUUUAUUACAAAAGGAAAUUCAACUGGGAGUUGUGAAUGACGACAGAAAGAAACUGAUUGAACAACUUGAAGAGACAGAACAAAAAUUGAAAAAAGACUACGAUCUGGAGCAGAAUAUGAAAAUAGGACUUAUUAAUACUGUAACACGACUUCAAACACAGUAUGACGACUUGAUCAAACAAAGAGAACAACUUUUAAGUAAUAUUGAAAACAUGACCCGACAAAUUACUGAUAUUGAAAAACUCACAAAAGAGGAGCAAAUAGAAAGAGAUAAGGCAAAAUUUGAGUUGGAUGAGGCGAAGGCUUUAUUGAAGAGCAAACUCAAAGAUAUUGAGGAAAAAAAGAUGAAACUCGAACACGGAGAGAUUGAGCUACAAAAAUACGAACAAAAGGCAGCAGAGCAAAGUCAAAAAACCAUCAAGUCUCAAAAACAUGUAGAAGAGCUGAAAAUGAAGUUGGAAAAGUUGGAACGAGAAUUCAAAGAGGUUGCUAAACAGACGUCAAAACUCAGCGCUGACAAUGAAAAACUUCGCUCUCUUAUUCACACAAAAGAAGAGUCCAUAGCUGCCACAAAGACAGAACAGCAAGAAAUUGUCAAGAAUGUUGCUCAAAAAAUGAAAGAAAAGAAAAAACGAGAGGAGAAGAAAAUGGCUAUGGAGUCUACCAAACGACAAAUGGAACAUGAGGUCAGAAACUUAAAAGAUAGUAUUGUUGAAAUGAAAAGAAUGUUAGAGUUUGAGAAGUCUAAAAUUGAAGAUCUCAGCCAUCAGAAGAGCUUGUUGGAUAAAAGCAUUUUGAAAGCUGAUAAAAACCUGGAGGAAGAAGAAAAUUCUCUAAAGGUUGUCGAAAGUAAGAGGAGGAAUGUCCACUUGAAAUUUAAAGCCUAUGUAGAAAUGGUUGAAAAAAAGAGACAGGACAUUUAUCGACUCAAAAAAGAAAUCGAUAAGUACGAAAAAGCUUACCUAGAUGCCAAGCAAAAAUAUGAUCAGUCACAAGAAGAAAUCAAAAUCAAAAAACUUGAGUCUGACGAACUAAAAAAGAAAAUUCGAGAAAGUAGAGAAAAACAUCGUCAACAAACCGCUCUGUAUGAUGCUGUUAAAGCUGAACGAAACAGUUACAGCAAGAAGCUAAUUGAUGCUGACUCUGAAAUUCAAUCAGAAAAACAAAAGUUUAAAAUAAUGACACAACAAAUCGAUAAAAUUCGAGAGGAUAUACAGAACAAGGAAGCAGAGUUUUUACAUCAAAAGGCUGAAUAUAGUAAAUUAUGCUCAAAGAGGGAACUGUUAACAGAUCAGCUUAAGAGCUUGGAAAAGAGCAUUGAGGAACAAUCUGAUGUUAACAAACAAUACGAAAAAGAAAUUAACAAACUGAAUGAAAUAAUCAAAGAGGCAGAGCAGGAAAGAAAUCGACAAGAAAAAGAGCUUGAGGUUGUAGUCAACGAUAGAGACAUACUCGGAUCGCAAUUAAUUAAGAGAAAUAAUGAAUUGGCAAGUCUCUAUGAAAGAAUUAAGAGUCAGCAAAGUUUAAUCAGCAAAGGGGCUGUUCAAUAUCAGCAACGAAUUAAUGACAUUGCUGCUUUGAAGGAAAAGAUCAUUCAAGUGAAUCAAGAAUAUAAAAGAUUGGAAGAGCGCCUUCAGGAUUAUGAUGAGAAGGAGAAUGAAGUACAUUCAUUAAGAAGACAAUUCCUUCAAGAGCAAUCAAGAGUUAAGGCGCUAGAAGAAGAGCUUCAAACUCCAAUGAAUGUUCAUCGAUGGAGGAGAAUUCAAGGAAGCGAUCCAAAUUCCUAUGAUAUGAUCAUGAAAAUUCAAAAACUUCAAAAACAACUCAUUGCCAAGACAGAGGAAGUCAUGGAAAAGGAUUUACUGAUUCAAGAGAAGGAGAAACUUUAUGCUGAACUUAAAUCAAUCCUUACUCGACAGCCAGGGCCUGAGGUUGUGGAACAAUAUAAUGCUUAUCAGCAAACUCUGAAAGAGAAAACUAAAAAGUACGAAGAGAUGGUCAAGGAGUUGGAGGUUUACAUGAUCAAAGCUCGAGAUUUAGAAUUUGAAAACAAAAAGUAUCAAGACGAGUUUUUCAGCCUUAAACGAGAAUAUUUCCAAAAGAAGGAGAAAGAGAAACGCCAGUACAAAGCUUACAUCGAUUCACUCAACACAGACAUAGACCCAUACAUGGACCAACACAUAGACGAUCCUUCUCAAGUGUAA